AUGAAGAAGUACGGGUUGCAACUUAGGGUUCAAUCACAGCAGAAAAAACAGCCAAGUAGACCCCCACUACCCACCCCGCUUGGGUUUAACGACGAGGAUGAAGAUAAUGUUGAAAGAGAGAUUUUGCGCCAGGCCCACAAAAACAAAACUCACAAAGAUAUUGAAGAGCAGCACAAGAAGGCUCUCGAAGAAGACCCUUCCGUGUUUGACUAUGAUGGGGUGUAUGAUAAGAUGAAGGAGAAACAAGUUCGCCCUGUAGAGCAGGAUCGCCAAGAUAGAAAGCCGAGAUAUAUUCAAGCCUUAAUGAAUAAGGCGAAACAGCGAGAAAAGGAGCACGAGAUUAUAUAUGAGAGGAAGCUCGCCAAAGAGAGAAGCAAAGAUGAAGACCUUUAUGCUGACAAAGAUAAAUUUGUUACAAGUGCUUACAAGAAAAAGCUUGCUGAGCAAGCCAAAUGGCUAGAGGAAGAGCGGCUUCGUGAGCUGAGAGAGGAAAAGGAAGAUGUCACCAAGAAGAUGGACAUCAGCGAUUUUUAUUUCAACCUCGGCAAAAAUGUCGCUUUCGGCGCUAGGGAAGCCGAUUCCGGGAGACCUGAUAAGCAGCAGCCUAAGGAACAAAUGUUACAGCCACCGGUACAACCCUCUGAUGUGGCAACAAAUCAAGAAUCAGAAAAAGAGAGAAAUCAUGAUGAAGAUGAUGAUGAUGCUGAGAAUUAUUCUCCCGAGGGAAAUCCCAUCCGUACUUACACGAGACCCAUUUCCAAAUCUCCAGAUCGAGAACAAGUCACGAUUAACGAGCCAGCAUUGGCUAGUAAUCAGUCGAUAACUGAUGAGAAAAAAAAUGAUGUGACAGCAAAAGACCAUCACAAGAGAAGUGAGGAUGCAGUGGCUGCAGCAAAGGCACGGUUCUUGGCACGAAAAAAGGCGAAGUCGGUUCCGUCUCUCCAUGUUUUUGGCCUGCAUCUGAUCGGAUGGCGCACCUCUAGCCCUGAAGUAGUCAAUUCCUCCCGGCCAGGUAUUCUCCUCUUCCGAGUAGCCACGGCGGUUCAUAGAGUGGUCGUCCGAAGUGGUAGGGGUGAUGUUGGCUUCAAUCGCUGCUGGGAGUGGGCGAAGCAGGGAUCAGCGACUUCUCCUCCCUCUUCUCUUGGUCUCUUUCCUGGUGUUGGGGGCAGAUUGGCGGUGUCGGGGCGUGUCCUCGGUCGUGCCUUGCCGGGGCCGCCGUUCGCGGUGUUGGGAGGGGUUGGUCAUGGGUCGCCGGUCGCGGCUGCGUUGGUGUUCUGA